AAAACUUUAGGGCGGAGAAUCAAAGUUGCUUAACUCACAUCUGGAACCAAAGCGUUCACACAUUUUGCACACUUGUCCUCCAGAAGUAGAAACUGAAAAAUGGCUGGAAUCGCAUCGACUCUGGCGAAAAGGCGAGCCCGUGCUGCGGGGUUUGGCACAAACGCGAACGCGAUCAAAUACCUCAACCAGGACUUCGAGGAGCUGAGGAGCCAGGCUCUGAGUCGAGGACAGUUAUUCUCGGAUCCGACUUUCCCGGCCGCACCUGAAUCUUUGGGCUUCAAAGAGCUUGGACCGAAUUCAUCCAAAACCAGGGGGGUGCAAUGGAAGCGACCCGGAGAGUUGUGUUCCAGUCCCCAGUUCAUCGUCGGCGGAGCUACGAGGACCGAUAUCUGCCAAGGAGCCCUUGGGGACUGCUGGCUGCUGGCGGCCAUUGCCUCUCUCACUCAGAACGUGGAUGUGAUGGCCAGGGUGGUGCCCAGCAACCAGUCCUUUGGGGACAACUACGCCGGCAUCUUUCACUUUCAGUUUUGGCAGUUUGGCGAGUGGGUGGACGUUGUCGUUGACGAUCGGCUGCCAGUGAAGGAUGGCAAGCUUCUGUUUGUCCACUCUGAGGAAGGCACGGAGUUCUGGAGCGCCCUGAUGGAGAAGGCCUAUGCUAAGGUGAAUGGCUGCUAUGAGGCCCUCUCUGGGGGCUCCACCUCGGAGGGCUUCGAGGACUUCACAGGCGGCAUCGCAGAGAGCUACGAGCUACGCAAGGCACCCACCAACAUGUUCCAGAUCAUCCAGAAAGCGCUGGAGGCCGGAGCUCUGCUAGGCUGCUCCAUAGACAUCACAAGUGCUGCUGAUUCUGAGGCCGUCACCCGACAGAAGCUGGUGAAGGGACACGCCUACUCUCUCACCGGGGCCACAGAGGUACACUACCGUGGCGGUCUCGAGAAGCUCGUGCGCUUACGGAACCCCUGGGGUCAAGUGGAGUGGACAGGCGCCUGGAGCGACAACUCGUCUGAAUGGAGCUACGUGGAUCCUUCAGAGCGGCCAAACAACAACGCUGAGGAUGGGGAGUUCUGGAUGUCGUUUUCAGAAUUCAUGCGGCAGUACAAUCGUGUUGAGAUCUGCACACUGACCCCGGACGCCAUCACCAGCGAUGAUGUGAAGCCCUGGAGCGUGUGUAACUACAGCGGCACCUGGAGGCGGGGCUCCACGGCAGGGGGCUGCAGGAACUACGCCCAAUCGUUUUGGCAGAACCCGCAGUACGUAAUCAAGCUGGAUGAGGAGGACAAGGACCCGAACGACAACCAGGCGGGUUGCAGCCUGGUCAUGGGCCUGAUCCAGAAGAACCGGCGCCGCCUUCGCAAGGAGGGCGAGGACAUGGAAACCAUCGGCUACGCCAUCUAUACGUUGCCUCAACAGUUUUCUGGCCAGAGGGAUGUGCGCCUGGAUAAGAACUUCUUCCUGACACACGGGCAGACGGCCCGCUCUGAGACCUUCAUCAACCUGCGGGAGGUCAGCACGCGCUUCCACCUGCCCCCGGGGGAGUACCUCGUCGUGCCCUCCACCUUCGAGCCCAACAAGGAUGGAGACUUCUGCCUGCGUGUGUUCUCCGAGAAGAUGACCGAGACACAGCGGUGUGAUGACCCAAUCGAUGCCAAGUUAGAAAAUGACACUGUGUCAGACAGUGAAGUGGAUGCAAGCUUCAGGAGUCUCUUCGUGAAGCUUGCAGGAAGCGACAUGCUAAUCUCUGCCAAGGAGCUUAGGACGAUCCUAAACAAAAUCAUUGCAAAACGAACUGACAUUAAGACAGAAGGCUUCAGUCUGGAGACAUGCCGGGUUUUGGUCAACCUCAUGGAUGACAGCGGGGAUGGUAUGCUGGGCCUGGGCGAGUUCGCCACGCUGUGGAAGAAGAUCCAGAAGUACUUGAACAUUUAUAAGAAUAACGACUUGGAUCAUUCUGGAACCAUAAGCAGUCCAGAGCUGCGUCUCACUCUGAAGGAAGCGGGAUUCACUCUGAAUGACACCAUUUUCCAGGUGUUGGUGGCCCGUUACGCUGCACCGGACUUGACCGUCGACUUUGAUGACUUUGUGGCCUGCUUCAUUCGCCUGGAGAUGAUGUUCCGGAUGUUUAAAAAGUGUGACCCACACGGCACUGGCUUCAUGGAGAUCGACUUCCAAAUGUGGCUGCUACUAACCAUGAUCUAAGACCCCUGCCUGAAAGCAGUGGAUGAGUCACUUGUGUUGCUUAAACAUGCUUCUUGCAUUCAGAAUUUCAAAACAGUGAAAAUGGAUCCCAAAGUACUGUUAAGCUUGGUCUCCAUUUACAGUGACAUUUGAGUUCCUUUUGUAAAUACCUACAAUACAAUUAGGCCAAGGUUCAAAAUUAUAUUUACUGUUGCUGUGACACAAUGAGCCGUAACAAUUAAGCAGCCGUAGCAUCUGAGAUGGUGGAUUAAGUUUUUAUACUGUGGACUUUUUGGACUUCCAAUUGACAUACCAGGAAUGGUCUUUGCAGACCGAAGUCUUAACCGUUCUAGUAGAAGAGAAAUGGAAUUCCAGUGACUCCAUAAUAGAGUGGGAGUACUGUCAUAGCUGCUGACCUUGAAACCUGGGAGGGGAGGAUGAUGAGAAUCUGUUCAAUUCACAGUUCUCUUAAGCAUCCUGUAUGUUAACUGACUUGCAAGGGGAUCGGGGAUAAAUUGCAGCUCACACUGCUGUAGUGUUUUAUAUUAAUGGUGGGGAAGCUCUUAUUACACCAUGUAUCUGAUAUUGCCCUAAUUUACUGUUUACUAUUUUGUGCUGCAUGAUUUUAUUGCAAUCUUCUUUUAAAAUGGUGUGUGGGUUAUAGGGGUACUGUUGUGGAGCAAUUAUCUUAACCCCUGUGUAAUGUGUUUUAAUUGGAUGUUCUUUUCUAAGACCCAUUAAACAUGUUUCUGACGUUCCCUCUUGAAUGGGGAGCGUAUUUCA